UUUUUCUUUUUUUUUUUUUUUUUUUCUCGAAGGUUUAUUAGCUUUCUAUCAAUAAAUCUGGAGGGCUUUGUGUCACAUAGUUUGAACAAUAAUUAUAGAAACAUCAAAUACUAAAAGUGUAUAGAUUAAUAAUUGAAAUACCAAAAAGAUAUUUGAGGAAUAUACUACAAUAAAUCAAUAUGAACGCCCCAGAUAGAUUUGAACUUUUCAUUUUACCAGAUGGUGUCGAAAAAAUUAAGAUCACUCCAGAUACAAAAGUGCCAAAUGCAGCUUUGGUUAAGAUUGAAAGAGAAGAUCAUACUCUUGCAAACUUGUUACGUGCUCAACUUUUAAAGGAUGACCGUGUUUUAUUUGCUGCUUACAAGGUGGAACACCCUCUUUUCGCUAACUUCAUUCUUAGAAUCCAAACUGAAGAUGAUUAUUCCCCACGUGAAGCAUUGAAAAACGCAUGCACUGGUUUAAUUUCCCAGUUGGAUGUCAUCAAAACCAGAUUCAAGGAUGAAUGGGCUCUUAAGUCUUUGUUGAAUAACAACGACGGGGAGUUUUAAUAUAUGCUUUGAGCCAAUAAGAAGAAACGUUUCAAUAUAAAAGGUGAGUUUGGGGGAUUCAUCUUUCUUAUGUACAUUAGUGAAACCCCUUUUGGUGUAUUCCAAGCAAAAAAGUAUACUAUUUAGAAUAAUAAUACAAAAAUCGAUAAAAACUUUC